ACUCAACGGCUGGAGCGAUAUAUUACUCCAGUAUACGUGCCCUAAACAACGGGGAACGGGGGAUCGAGCCGGAGAUUAUCCAGCUGACGACUUUUUGCACUUCUAAUCCAAAGGAGCCCGUGUGAAUGGAGUUUACGAAUCCCUUCUUCAACACUAAGCACAUUUUAUCCACUCAGACCAUACCUUCUCCGGCCGCUGAAAGUGCGUGGCUCACUUUUUUGCUUUUCCCGUGGAGGAGGACCCUCUGUUGAUCUUAUAUACCACUCUCUCUUUGUGCGCCCUCCCGGUUCUCCAUUCGCCAGACGCGGAGCGGAGCCGCAUCACCAUCAUCAUCAGCGCUCGCGCUGCCUCUGUGUCUCUGCGCCUGCAGCCAGGACCCGCGUGCCCUGCUAUCCCACCACCAUGAAUUCGGAUAUUAACAUGUACUUGGGGCGAGAGAAAUCGGGGAUCAUGCGAAAGAGAGCGCUGUUACUCAGGAAAGGCUGCAGUUUCGAAAUAACGAGCUCAGCAUCAGAGGAUCUUGGGUGCCGGAGAGGAGAGUUCAGCCGGAAACACUAUGGAUCAGUUGAACUGCUCAUCUCCAGUGAUGCAGACGGGGCCAUACAGAGAGCUGGGCGAUUCAGAGUGGAGAACGGUUCAAUAGAUGAGGCCUCUGACUACACGCCUGGAACAUGGAGGAGAACUGACGUCCAUUUGGAGAACCCAGAGUAUCACACCAGAUGGUACUUCAAGUACUUCCUGGGAAAAGUUCAUCAAAACUACGUGGGGACUGAUGCAGAGAAGAAUCCCUUCUUCCUGUCUGUGGUUUUGUCAGACCAGAACAACCAGAGGGUCCCACAAUAUCGAGCCAUCCUGUGGCGCAAGACGGGUACUCUAAAAAUCAGCCUUCCAUACAGUCCGACAAAAACGCUAUCAGUCAAAUCUAUAUUAAGUGCCAUGAAUGUGGAUCGUUUUGAGAAGGGGCCCAGGGAGAUCCUUAACCCAGAGAUUCAGAAGGACUUAUUGGUGCUGGAGGAGCAAGAGGGCAGUGUAAACUUUAAAUUUGGUGUUCUUUAUGCCAAAGAUGGACAGCUGACAGAUGAUGAAAUGUUCAGCAAUGAAUCAGGAAGUGAGAAUUUCGAUAAAUUUCUGAAUCUCCUUGGUGACACGAUCUGUCUGCAGGGCUGGGCGGGGUAUCGAGGAGGACUGGACACUAAAAAUGACACUACAGGAAUGAAUUCCAUCUACACAGUCUAUCAGGGUCAUGAGCUCAUGUUCCACGUUUCCACCAUGUUACCUUAUUCUAAAGAGAACAAGCAACAGGUAGAGAGGAAGAGACAUAUUGGGAACGACAUCGUGACCAUUGUGUUUCAGGAGGGAGACGACGCCUCUCCGUCCUUCAAACCCUCUAUGAUUCGCUCCCAUUUCACACAUAUUUUUGCCUUAGUUCGAUAUAAUAGCCAGAAUGAUAGUUACAGGUUGAAGAUUUUCUCAGAGGAGAGUGUGCCGUUGUUUGGCCCACCGCUCCCUUCCCCUCCAGUGUUCACAGACCACCAGGAGUUCAGGGACUUUUUACUAGUUAAAUUAAUAAAUGGAGAAAAAGCCACUCUGGAGACCCCAACUUUUGCUCAGAAACGUCAGCGCACGCUGGACAUGCUGAUCAGAUCCUUGUACCAGGAUCUCAUGCCUGACAUGCCCAAGGUUCCCUUCUCUCCGCAGAACAUGCUGAACCGACGCUCGUUCAGCGAUGUGCUGCCAGAGUCGCCCAAAUCUGCCCGUAAAAAAGAAGAGGCACGCCAGGCUGAAUUCGUUCGAGUUGGACAGGCCUUGAAGCUGAAAACUAUAGUUCGAGGGGAUGCUCCCACCAGUCUCGUCACUACUGGCCUUUGCAGGAAAGAGCCAUGGGAGUCACAGUCAUUCUGCAGUAGCUUCCCGUAUGAUAUAGUCUGUGGGGAUUCGUGGGGACAGUCAUUACUGGUCGCCACAGAUUCAGCAGGGGUCAUGCUGCUGGAGGCCUCAGAUCCACUGUUCUCCAAUGCAGAUUCGCCAACCCUGCCUCCGGUGCAGGUAUUUGACAAAACCUUGACUGUCAAACAAAUGCACGUGCUUGAACCUCAGGACCUCCUCAUUGCAAGAGCAGAUAAGGGGAAAGACGCUCGACUGUAUGUUUACAGACUGAGCUCUCUCAAACGAGGGAUAGAGGAGCGGCAGCUUGUCCGCACCAAGUGUGACAGUCGAGAGAACAAGCUGGAGAAAACCAAAGGCUGCCAUCUCUACUCCAUAAACACACAUCAUGGGGUGGAGCUCAGAAUCGUCGCGGCGAUAAGAAACAAGCUCCUCCUGAUCACCAGGAAACAGUCACGCCUCGAUUGCCUCAGCUCUGUUGCUACAGUCACAGGGACUACUGACUCACCUGUGGAAGAGUUCCAGUACAUACGGGAGAUCUGCUUAUGUGAUUCACCGGUGGUCAUGGCCCUGGUUGACGGCCCAACAGGAGAGAACGAUCACAUGAUCUGCGUGGCCUACAGACAUCAGUUUGACUUGAUCAAUGAAAGUACAGGAGACGCUUAUAGACUACACCAUGUAGACUCCAACCGGGUGAACUUUGUUGCUGCCAUAGAUGUGUAUGAAGACGGAGAGGCUGGACUUCUUCUUUGCUAUAACAAUAACUGCAUCUAUAAGAAGGUGUGUCCGUUUAACGGCGCAACACCCAUGAUUCAGCCCAAUACUUCAGACUUCCAUUUCAGCUGGAACCAAAUGCCCAACGCUAUCGUAUGUGCGUUCCCGUAUAUCCUUGCAUUCACCACUGACUCCAUAGAGAUUCGACUAGUCGUUAAUGGCAAUCUAGUAUAUACAGCUGUCGUUCCAGAACUGCAACUGACUGCAUCCAGAUCUGAUAUCUAUUUCAUCUCGUCAGCACCUAUCAACUCUGCCUCCAACUGUAGCUCCAGAGACACCAGUUCCCAGAGUUCCCCUCAGACUCCCACCGGCUACGAGAUGCCCGUCUUCCCUUCGCCGCUCGGAGAUGAUUGUAUUCGGAUUCCCUACGGCACCAAGCUAUCCCUCUACAUGUCUAAAGACUCUGAAGGUGAAGCUCCCUCAAAACACAUCUAUAAGAUCCCAUUGAGCAACCUAGUCGGACGGAGCAUAGAGAGGCCCCUCAAGUCGCCCCUGGUCAAUAAAGUGCUCACGGCACCUGCCCCCAGCGCGAUCGGCCCCACUCCCAUGAUCGCAAGCACAACCUCCCUCUCGCUGUCUCGCAUGGAGAUCAAAGAGAUCGCCAGCCGCACACGGAAAGAACUGCUGGGUUUGACUGAGGAACCCAGCAGUAAGGCUGAUGGCAACUCGGUGAAACAGAGGAGAAUGAGCAAGAAGACCAAGGAGGAAGAACAGAGGAGAACAGCGGAGAUAAGCACCACUGAGCAAGUGGGAAUGGAGUCUGUAGAUGGAGAAACUGAUGUCCACCGGCUUUGCUCAUCUGGCUCCGAGGUGGAGCCAAGAGAUGAUAGCCCACCCGCGGCCAGCCCUUUUACCUUCUCCACGUCUUUUGAGGAGGAUAUUCUGGACCUUAAGUGAUGACAAUCACAGUCUGUGGAUCAAAGUGCACCUCUCACCUUACACAUCCUGCUACUUUUUACUUUAUAUCAUUCUUAUUUACCAUGCUACAUUGAGUUUUGUUUUCCUCGGUCUGCCUACUCAUCUGUGCGCGCAAAUGAAUCCCCAGAGCUUUAAACUUGAAGGAGUUUACAGUGUGGUGAUGUCAAAAUUUACUCCUGGUGGAUGUAUGCAUGUGUGUGUGUGUGUGUGUGUGUGUGUGUGUGUGUGUGUGUGCGUAUGAUCUUGUGUUUACUCUAUAUGAAAGAUAGAAUUACAACUAGAAAAUUCAGAUCCUCUGCUAUUAUUUCACAAUUCAAAACUGACCAAAAAUGUUUAAAAACCCCUAGGGGUUUGAUUUCGUUUCUAUGAUCGAUGAGACACCCUCUCCAUCAGCUUUUGGACAAAUUUGUAGCUUUGUAGCAAACUUGUAGCCAUACGAACAGAAAUGAGAACUAAUAAUAAAACAAAAAUGGCUUGAAAGGUUUGAGCCGCAGUUUUAAGGUCAAAGCGAAUAUUACUUUUCACUCCGGGGACCUGAAUGUAAGAUUGACGCUCCUAAAAACGAUGAAACAUUUUUUAACUCCUUAUUUUGUGUUUUUAAAUGUUUUCUAUGUUUGUGAUUUGUACAUUGUGUGAUUAUUUCGAAGUUGUAAAAAAACAAACACAAACAAAAAAAAAAAAAAAACGACUCUAUAUGCAUCUCGGACCAGAUGCACAUGAACAUACAAAUGUAAACAUACAUAUAUACAUAUAAAUACAUAUACCUUUCUAGUUCUAUUGUAUUAUGGAGAAAUAAAACUCAGUUCUUGUGUAUAUCAAUGUUAUGGUCUAACCUGCCUUCACCCUCACCAUGCUUUUAAACCCUGACAUGCAAACCCUCUGCAGAAAGGGCAGGAGUCUCCCACAAGUGCCAUUUUCUACUGCAGCCGUCAACCACUAGCGCCCUCUAUCAGACUGACCGCGAGGCAGAACAAAAAAAACCCCAUUACAGAACAGUCUGGUCACCACAUCUGGUAAAUGUGCAGCUGUUUACUACGCUAACAGUAUGAGCUUUGGUCCGUAAACAUCCGCAUUUACUGGCGCACACCGUCAAACGCAGUCUAUAACAAGUGCUGUCGCUUCUUGAAAAGGGCUCUGGAUCACCUGCAUGCCUCCCUUCAAACCCACUAUAAAAUAAAAGGGAUUUGAUGUAUUAAUGGUUUAGAAUUAGGAUGUAUUAUCUUUACUCUUCUCAUGGAUUUGGUAGGGGAAAAAAAAAAAAAAAAAAAACACUCCAGGAAUUAAAGCCAGGGUUACUUAAAUUACAUCUCUGACUCUGGGUUAUAUAAAAAAAAAAGUCUUGUUUUCUAGUAAAAUCUAAACAUCUGAAAACAUUUAUGUGAAAGGCAAAGCGAUAUUACAUACACACAAGCUGUAGGCCUAUAUAUAUUGCAUUCAUUUAUUUUACUAAUGCAUACACUUAACUGGAUCGCUAAAAGAUGUUUAGGCAUUUUAACUGGAAAACAACACAAAAAUAGAGAAAGGGGACACAAUAGAUUUUCGCUGUGUAAUAAGAGAACGAGAAUAUCGAUUCUGCUGUUUACAGUUCAAACUCAGAGAUGUUUAAAGAAUGUCAAAGUGACACCAGAACACAAGAGCCUCAGGAACAGCACAAGAGGAGGUGUAAGUAUUAAACUGCUUAGCUUGAAUGCAUGACCCCCCUCCCCCCCUCUCAACCUCUUUCUCCAUCUGAAUGUGAACCAUUUAACACUAGUAGCAGGCUGGACUACAAAGGGAAAACGUGGGAAUAUUUUUGUAAAUCGAGAGUUUUACAUAUUAUUUAUUUGUUAUUUUUGUUGUCUUUGAAGGGAAUGGGUGAGCCAGAGACUGAUGGAAUAUAUAUUUUUUCCGUUUUACUUUUUCCUUUGGCAUACCGUCCGUUACCUCCCCCCUCCUUCUGUUCGCUCCCCCGUUUUCGCAGUGGUUUUGUAUCUAUAUCGAUAUUAACUGUUUAGACUGUUGCAGAAACUCUGUGAUAUCAGAAAUUAAAACAAAAAUAAAUAAAUAAUAAAAAAAAAAAACACCAAGUGUCUUAAAAUAUUGUAUUGCCAUUGUUUUUAAUGCCAAGUAAUACUUGUAAAUGUUAGUGUUUCAGAUGUGGCCUCAAAAAUAUUAUUAUUAUUAUAGCAUUUAUUUGAAAAAGUGCUGUAGCCCACUGCUGUAGUUAUUGUUCAUUGAUAUGAAAUAAAUAUUUAUGAAAUUUGA